ACAAACCAAGAAGAAGCCGAGGCACCGCAGCUAAAGCUAACAGCUAGCUCCAGCAGUUAGCAACAUUUCAAACCAAUGAAAUAUGCAGUCUAAAAACUCAACAUAAGACUUGUCAAUAAAGCUCCGAGGUUGUUUUCGUGUUUGACAUAGGUUCUGAGGAGAUUCCUACAACAUGUAUGCUGUGUACAGACAAGCCCACACCCCCACUGCAGUGGAGUUCUCUGUCUACUGCAACUUCAUCUCCAGUACGGAAAAGAACCUGGUCGUUGGAGGAACAUCCCAGCUCUUUGUCUACAGAAUUAUCCAUGAUGUCGAGAGUUCAUCAAGAUCAGACAAACCUUCAGAUAGCAAACCUCGCAAAGAGAAGCUGGAGCAAGUGGCCUCCUUCUCUCUUUUUGGUAAUAUAAUGUCAAUGGAAAGUGUGCAACUAGUUGGAUCAACCAGAGAUGCACUUUUGUUAAGCUUUAAAGAUGCUAAGUUGUCAGUUGUGGAGUACGAUCCUGGGACACAUGACCUAAAAACAUUAUCUCUUCAUUACUUCGAAGAACCAGAGCUUAGGGAUGGUUUUGUCCAAAAUGUGCACAUACCCAUUGUCCGGGUAGACCCAGAGAACCGCUGUGCUGUAUCUUUAAUAUAUGGCACAAGACUUGUGGUGUUACCUUUCAGAAAAGACACGCUUGCUGAUGAGCAGGAGAGCGGAGUUGGGGAAGGCCCCAAAUCCAGUUUUCUUCCCAGUUACAUCAUUGACGUACGCGAGCUGGAUGAAAAGCUGUUGAACAUCAUCGACAUGAAAUUUCUCCAUGGAUAUUAUGAACCCACAUUACUCAUUCUGUUUGAACCCAAUCAAACAUGGCCAGGGCGUGUGGCAGUGAGGCAGGACACAUGCAGCAUUGUUGCCAUCUCCCUCAACAUAAUGCAGAAGGUCCAUCCCGUCAUCUGGUCUUUAAGUAAUUUGCCUUUUGACUGCACACAGGUCAUGGCUGUUCCUAAACCUAUUGGUGGUGUGGUGGUCUUUGCUGUCAAUUCCUUGCUGUACUUAAAUCAGAGUGUUCCUCCAUAUGGUGUUUCUCUGAACUCACAGACAAAUGGCACCACCGCCUUCCCUCUGCGCAUUCAAGAAGAGGUGAAAAUAACAUUGGACUGCUCCCAGGCUGACUUUAUCGCUAAUGACAAAAUGGUGAUCUCUUUAAAAGGAGGAGAAAUCUACGUGUUAACCCUAAUAACAGAUGGCAUGAGGAGUGUGCGGGCGUUUCAUUUUGACAAAGCUGCUGCCAGUGUCUUGACAACAUGUAUGGUGACUAUGGAGCCUGGCUAUCUCUUCCUGGGGUCUCGGCUUGGGAACUCACUGCUUUUAAAAUACACAGAGAAACUGCAAGAAACUAGGUUAGAAGAAGCAAAAGAGGCACAAGAUGAAGACAAGGAAAAAGAUAAACAAGAGGAACCGCCAAGUAAAAAGAAGCGUGUUGAGUCUUCUGCGAACUGGACUGAUGAAGUAGACGAAAUAGAAGUAUAUGGAAGUGAAGCUCAGUCAGGAACUCAAUUGGCCACCUACUCCUUUGAGGUGUGUGACAGUAUACUAAACAUUGGACCGUGUGGUAAUGCUUCCAUGGGAGAACCUGCCUUUUUGUCUGAAGAGUUUCAAAGCAACCCCGAGCCUGAUCUGGAAGUUGUCGUCUGCUCUGGAUAUGGUAAAAAUGGUGCAUUGUCCGUUCUCCAGAGAAGUAUACGUCCACAAGUAGUCACCACUUUUGAGCUGCCAGGCUGCCAUGACAUGUGGACCGUCAUUGCAAGUGAAGAGAAAAAAACUACAAAGCCUGAUGAUUCAGAGGAAAGUAUAGAGGCUGAGACUGGCGAGGAGACAGAGGAGGGAGAAAAGAAGGAGAAAGAAGAGAAGGACAAAGAGGAGAAGAAAGAGAGCGAGGAGAAGUCUGAGCCCCCCCUAGAGGACGAUUUAAAGAAGCACGGCUUUCUCAUCCUCAGCCGAGAGGAUUCCACUAUGAUUCUACAAACUGGCCAGGAGAUUAUGGAGUUGGACACCAGCGGUUUUGCCACUCAGGGACCUACUGUUUUUGCUGGGAACAUUGGUGAAAAUAAAUACAUCAUUCAAGUUUCACCCAUGGGCAUCAGGCUGCUGGAAGGAGUGUCCCAGCUACACUUUGUCCCUGUGGACUUGGGCUCUCCCAUAGUGCACUGCUCUGUGGCGGAUCCCUAUGUGGUGAUUAUGACUGCAGAAGGAGUGGUCACCAUGUUUGUGCUCAGGACAGACUCGUACAUGGGCAAAACUCACCGCUUGUCUCUACAGAAGCCCCCCAUCCAAACUCAACCUCGUGUGAUAGCUCUUUGUGCAUAUCGAGAUGUGAGUGGCAUGUUUACCACUGAGACUAAAGUGAGCUGCUCUGUCAAAGAGGACAUCGUUAUGAUCAGGGGCCAAUCUGAAACUGAAACCUUCAUCCACGACAUGAGUAACACAGUGGAUGAUGAGGAGGAAAUGCUGUAUGGAGACACAAGUACGACCACCACACCUGUGAAAGAGGACUCUGGCCGAGCCUCAGGGGGUCCUGGGGCUUCUGGCUCUGAGGAGAGCUCAACCAAAGUGGAACCCACCCACUGGUGCAUGAUCAUCAGAGAAAAUGGAGUUAUGGAGAUGUAUCAGCUUCCAGAUUGGCGUUUGGUGUUUCUGGUGAAAAACUUCCCCGUGGGACAAAGAGUUCUGGUCGACAGUUCCUCUGGACAAUCUGCCGCUCAGGGAGAGGCCAAGAAAGAGGAAGUGACCCGCCAAGGAGACAUCCCAUUAGUUAAAGAAGUCUCUCUAGUUUCUCUUGGAUACAGCCGCACACGGCCAUACCUGCUGGUUCAUGUUGAGCAGGAGCUUCUGAUCUAUGAAGCCUUCCCAUACGACCAGCAGCAGCCACAGAACAACCUCAAAGUGCGCUUCAAAAAGGUGCCCCAUAACAUCAAUUUCAGAGAGAAGAAAUCAAAGCUAAGAAGAGACAAAAAGGCAGAGCUGGGUGUACUAGAGGACGGCUCCGCUCCCAAAAGUCGAAUCAGUCGUUUCAGAUAUUUUGAGGACAUCUCAGGAUACUCAGGAGUCUUCAUCUGUGGUCCUUCUCCUCACUGGAUGCUGGUGACCUCGCGUGGAGCCUUGAGGUUACAUCCCAUGACUAUAGAUGGCGCUAUAGAGUCCUUCUCUCCAUUUCACAACAUAAACUGCCCCAAAGGGUUUCUGUAUUUCAACAAACAGGGAGAGCUGAGGAUCAGUGUUUUGCCCACAUAUUUGUCUUACGAUGCCCCAUGGCCAGUGAGGAAAAUCCCCCUGAGAUGCACCGUCCACUAUGUGUCCUACCACGUCGAAUCUAAGGUCUAUGCAGUGUGCACCAGUGUGAAGGAGCUGUGCACCCGCAUCCCAAGAAUGACCGGAGAGGAGAAGGAGUUCGAGACAAUAAAUAGAGAUGAGCGUUACAUCAACCCUCUGCAGGAGAAGUUUUCCAUCCAGCUCAUCUCCCCGGUCAGCUGGGAGACCAUUCCCAACACGAGGAUCGACCUGGAGGAGUGGGAGCAUGUGACGUGCAUGAAGACAGUGGCAUUGAGGAGUCAGGAGACAGUCUCGGGGCUCAAGGGUUACGUUGCAGCCGGGACCUGUCUGAUGCAGGGAGAAGAGGUCACCUGUAGGGGGCGGAUUUUGAUCCUGGACGUGAUCGAGGUGGUCCCAGAGCCGGGUCAGCCCCUCACCAAAAACAAAUUCAAAAUCCUGUACGAGAAGGAGCAAAAGGGACCAGUGACCGCCCUGUGUCAUUGUAACGGAUACCUGGUCUCCGCCAUCGGACAGAAGAUCUUCUUGUGGGUGCUGAAGGACAAUGACCUGACAGGCAUGGCCUUCAUUGACACACAACUCUACAUUCAUCAAAUGCACAGUAUCAAGAACUUCAUCUUAGCCGCAGAUCUGAUGAAGAGCAUCUCUCUGCUGAGAUACCAAGAGGAGAGCAAGACACUGUCGCUUGUCAGCAGGGAUGCCAAACCACUUGAAGUUUAUGGUGUUGAAUUUAUGGUGGACAACAGCCAGCUUGGAUUUUUAGUUUCAGAUCGGGACAAGAACCUCUUCGUUUACAUGUAUUUACCUGAAGCUAAGGAGAGCUUCGGAGGGAUGCGGCUCAUAAGGCGAGCGGACUUCAAUGUUGGAGCCCACAUUAAUGCAUUUUGGAGGAUGCCCUGUAAAGGAGCUAUGGAUGCUGCCAGCAGGAAGGCCCUCACCUGGGACAACAAGCAUAUCACAUGGUUUGCCACACUAGAUGGAGGCGUGGGUUUGCUGCUGCCCAUGCAGGAGAAGACGUACCGUAGAUUACUCAUGUUGCAGAAUGCUCUCAACACCAUGCUGCCCCACCACGCCGGCCUCAACCCCAAAGCCUUCAGAAUGAUGCACUUUGACCGACGAGGGCUACAAAACUCUGCACGCAACAUUCUGGAUGGAGAACUGCUGGCCAAGUACCUGUACCUCAGUACCAUGGAGCGAAGUGAGCUGGCCAAGAAGAUCGGUACCACUCAGGACCUAAUUUUGGACGACCUUCUGGACAUUGACAGAGUUACUGCUCAUUUCUGAGCAUCACAUUCCUGUGGCUUCUUCCACUGGAGGCUCUUUUAUAUUACAGACUUUUGUUAUGGCAUUUUGUGAAUCUUAGUUUCUUACAUGUUUAGACUAAAAGAGGAACAACAUGUUUCUGUAUUUUGUAUAAAACAUCAGUAAAAGAAAUGACUCCAA